AGCAGCUCAGGAUGAAGGUCUGUUAUACUUUGAUCUGCAUCCUCUUCCUCACAGCUCUGCAGGAUGGAGAAACUGUGAAAACCUACAGUGGAAAGGAAGGAGGAAACAUCACAGUUAGAUGUGAAUUUAAGAACUCUGGAAAAAGAAGGUUCCUCUGUAAGGAAACCUGUGAAGGAGGAAAUAUUCUGAUUAAUACGACUGAAGGCAUGUUUAACAAAGACAGAUACAGCAUUAGAUAUGAAGACAGAGGAAAGCUACAAUAUGAUUAUCUGCAUGUGAGCAUCACAAAGCUGAAAAAGUCAGAUUCAGGACGGUACCAGUGUCGCUCUGAUACAUGGAGGGGAACUCAAUAUGAUGAUUUUUAUCUCUCUGUGACUGAAGAUUCUUCAGAACCAAAAUGGACUCUGGGACCUUUUAUUAGAUCAACUUUUCUCCCAGCAGCCUCCACAACAACAACAACAACACAGAGUCUGAGUUCCUCACCUUCUCCAUCCUCCUCUGAAACCAGCAGAGUCUCUGAGAAACCAGCUGCAGCUUCAGGUCUGUUGCUCUAUGUGGGUCUGAUUCUUUCCAUCCUGAUCAUCAUGUUAGCAGCAGCUCUGCUCAUCUUCUUCAAGAGGAAGAGCUUCAGUCGACAGAAAGGUGAGUUAGAACAAACUCUACUUUGUCUCCAUUAUUUACAGGAAUGA